AUGAAUGCAGCUUUUGAUAGAAACCUGGUGAUGCCACGUAAAAGGAACUGGCGCAUGGCAUUGGCAAAGAUGGGGAACCAGAGUCGUGCCAGCAAUGACAAUAGACUCGUGGAUACUAGCCACGUAAAAAAUAGUACAAAGGACCCAACAAUUGACGUAACAGAUGACGGACCUUUGAGACUCGUGGACACUAGCCACAUCUAUGGAACAGUGACUCAUAUAGAUUGGGAUCAGUCAUGUCAAAGUAAUAAUUUGAAGGAAGGCAUUGAGAAACUCUUUACAAGAUACAAUCAAGGAUUAAUUAUAGUUGGAGGAAUCUGUUCUGCAAUAUAUAUGGAUGACAUGAGCUGUCCUGUAUUUUUUGAUUCACAUUCUCAUGGAAAAGAUGGUCUUUCAUGUGCAGAUGGACAGGCUGUAAAAAUCACUUUUGGAAAUAUUGAUCAACUUGUGGAUUACAUGUUUGCAUUUUAUCAAAGUUGUAAUAUUUCAAUGAUAAGCCAGUUUGAGAUUCAACCAGUGUCUGUAACACAAAAAACAAGUGUUUCCAUUUCAGGAAGUGAGAGACUUUCUUUAAUUGACAAGUAUUUUGAGUUUCAAGAGAACAUGUCUAGAAAAUGUACCAUUUCUGAAUCAUCACACGGAAGUAAGAAUGAAUAUAUGAGAAACUAUAUGCGGAAAAGGAGGGAAAACUCGCAGAAAAGAGAGAGGGACAAAGAAAGUACUUUAAGAAGUAUGACCAAAGCAAGACAAAGUAAAGAAUUUAAAGAGAAAGAACUGGCUUCCAAAAACAGUUUCAGAAAAAAUCCUGAGACAAAGAAGCAGGACAGAGAAAGUUCUUUGGAAAGUAAAAAUAAAGCAAGAAAAAGUAAAGAAUUUAAAGACAAAGAACUUGCUUCCAAACAAAGGGUCAGAGAAAAUCCUGAGACAAAGCUCAAGGAUAGAGAAAGUACCUUAAAAUGUAUGAACAAGGCAAGAAAAAGUAAAGAAUUUAAAGACAAAGAACUUGUUUCCAAACAAAGGGUCAGAGAAAAUCCCAAGAGAAAGCUCAAGGACAGAGAAAGUACCUUAAAAUGUAUGAACAUGGCAAGAAAAAGUAAAGAAUUUAAAGACAGAGAACUUACUUCCAAACAAAGGGUCAGAGAAAAUCCUGAGACAAAGCUCAAGGACAGAGAAAGUACCUUAAAAUGUAUGAACAAGGCAAGACUAAAUACAGUAUUUUGUUUAAAAGAAAGAGAAGCAAAGAAAAAGAAGAGAGACAAUGUACAGCAGCUUGAGAAGGAACGGCUUUGUAAACAGCACAGUAGAAGAAAUUACAGAGAAAAAGAAAAAGAGAGUGAAAGAAUUUCUAAAGCUAAAAGGAGGCUUGAUGCAGAAUUUACAGACCAUGAAAACAAAUUAAUGAAGAAAAGGUGUCAUGGUAAUUCUUUGGAAGAUUGCAUAAAGAAAUUUCAUGAACAAGUGAAAAUUGGUCCAAUUUAUGUGUGUACAUGUUGUCAUCAGACUUGGUUUUUGAAAAGCAUAGUCAAUCUAAAUACAACUAAUCUUAAUGCUAGCAGUAAAAGUAUUUGUACUGGCUUAAGAUCUGUGGAUGGUAUAGAAUGGCUAUGUUUAACCUGCUUAUCAGCUCUAAGGGAUGGGAAAAUUCCAAGACUUUCAGUUAAAAAUGGAAUGAAAUGGCCUGAUAAACCAGAUGCUUUGAAUUUACACCCAUUGGAAGAGAGGUUGAUAUCUCAACGCAUACCAUUUAUGCAAAUUAGAGAAUUACCAAGAGGAGGUCAAAUGUCAGUCAAAGGAAAUAUUGUAAAUGUUCCAGUUGAUAUUCAGCCAACUGUAAAUGCCCUUCCGCGACAAAUUGAUGAGCAUGUGACUAUAGCUGUAAAAUUAAAGAAAAGAUUAUCUCACAAAUCAGCAUGCUUCACAGAAAAUGUUCGUCCAAAUGUGGUAAUAAAUGCUUUACAAUGGCUUAUGAAAAAUAGUGAGUUGUAUAAAAAUUCAGGUAUAGUGAUAGACCAUUCUUGGAGAGGUGACAUUGAAAAAAGUAACGAGGAAACAGUACAAGAACUGAUAGGAUCUUCAAAUGAUAGAGAUGAUCGUGAAUCUGAAGGAAAUGAUUAUGGUUUUUGUGAAGUUUCUUCAGAUGAUUGCAUUCAAGGCAAUUCUGAUACACUUGUUGAUGAAGCAGACUUUGAUACAAAUAAACUCUAUGUGUUUGCCCCUGGAGAAAACCAAAAACCAGUAAGUUUAUUUACAGAUAAAGAUGCAGAAUAUCUCUGUUUUCCGACAAUAUUUUGUGGUCAUCGGAGAACUGAAAGUGAGGAAAGGGAAGUUCCAGUACACUACAGUGAUAUUGCAAAAUGGGAGUUGCGCAGUGUUGAUAGACGAGCAGCACAAUCUGUACCGAACAUCUUUUUUAAAUUGAAAAAAAUUCAAAUUAAGCAAGUUAGUGAUAAAGUUAACUUGGCAUUGAGGAGAUGUAAAUCAGAGGGUAAGAAAAUCACUGCUGAACAAGUUUUAAAUCCAGCCUCUGCAGAAAAAAUUGUAAGAUUAAAUGAAGGGUAUUAUAUAUUCAGAACCCUUAGAAAUUCUCCUGCAUAUCUUUCAUCUAAAAAGAAGGAUGUGUUUGCCAUGAUAAGGCAGUUGGGUCUUCCAACCUGGUUUAUUUCUCUCUCAUCAGCUGAUACCAGAUGGCAAGAUCUGCUAAAAACAUUGGCAACACUAGAUGGAAAAACCCUGUCACAAGAAGAACUAGAGGAUUUGAAUUGGAAUGAAAAAUCAAAACUAGUUAAACAAGAUCCAGUGACGUGUGCAAGAUUUUUCGACAACCGAGUUCAACUCUUCAUUAAUACCUUUCUGAAGAGUCCUCACAAUCCUCUUGGUGUUGUUACUGAUGUGUUUCGAAGAGUAGAAUUCCAAAACCGAGGUUCGCCACAUAUUCAUAUGCUGGUAUGGACAAGUGAUGCUCCAAAGCAUAAAGAAAAUAGCAAUGAGGAAAUUGAAGCUUAUGUAGAUGAAUAUGUCACAUGUGGUUUGCAGGAAAAUAAUCCUCAAAUGAAGCAGCUUGUAGAGCUUCAAGUACAUAAACACUCAAAGACUUGCAAGAAAGGUGGUAAAUCUGUCUGCAGAUUUGGAUUUCCAUUGCCACCUUUGCCCAAAACCAUGCUUCUUGAACCCUUGGAUGCUGAUAUUGAGCAUUAUAGAAAGAUAUAUUCUGAUAUUCAGAAGAAAAUGAAUGAUUACAAAGAUGGUUGCAGUUUGGACUAUGAUUCCUUCUUAGAGACUGUUGUAGAGAUGUGCGAGGAUGAGUAUAUAAAAUGUAUUCGAGCUUCAUUGAAAGGUCCCAAAAUGUUUCUCAAGAGAAGUCCAUCUGAAAUGAGAGUGAAUUACUAUAAUCCAUUAGUGCUAAAGGCUUGGAAUGCUAACUUAGAUAUUCAGUUUGUACUUGAUCCUUAUGCCUGUGCCACAUACAUUGUUGCUUACAUCAGCAAAUCUCAAAGAGGAAUAAGUGCAAUGCUUGAUAAAGCAUCUCAAGAAGCUGCAGAGGGAAAUAUGGAUCUUAAGCGUCAAGUUCGACAUAUUGGAAACAAGUUCCUAAACUUUGUUGAGGUCAGUGCACAAGAGGCAAGUUACUUGAUCCUUCAGAUGCCACUUACACAAGCUAGUAGAGAGGUUGUUUUUAUAAAUACCUCACCACCUGAGGACAGAGUUUUCUUGCUCAAACAUCAAGAUGAACUGAAUGAGUUACCAAAAGACUCAACUGAUAUAAAGGCAGAUGGUAUGAUACAGAGAUAUGCAAGAAGACCAAAACAACUAGAAAAUUGGUGUUUAGCUGAUGUUGUUUCUGUUGUUUCUUUCCCAAAAGAAAUGCAUAAAGAUGUACAGGAGGAAGUGAAUGAUGAUAACCCAGAAGAAAAUUCUCAAGAAACUUUUUUUACUGAUCAGGAUGUGUUAGUUCAUUUAAAAAAUGGGGUUAAGAUCAGAAGACGAAAAAACAAACGAGUUAUUAGAUAUGUAGGGUACAGCCAAAAGACAAAUUCUGAACAGUAUUACAGAGAAAGAAUUCUUCUUUUUCUGCCUUGGAGAAAUGAGAAUACUGACCUGCUUGGUGGUUUUCAAACUUAUGAACAGCACUACAGGCAACAAGCAUGUAUAAUACAAGUGAAGCAAAAACAGUAUGAGCAUUUUGUGGAUGAAUUAGAACAAGCUCGACUUCAAGCUGAAGAAGAUCUUGAUAAUAUGGAGACAGUAGCACCAAAUACAGAACAUGCUGAGGCAGAAGAUGCAGAGAUAAGUUCUGAACCAUCAAAGGAAUUUGUUCAUUUUGAUCCUGAUACAGUUCAACACAGAGAUUUUGAUAUUGGUCCAGAACUUGGCUUGUCUUCGAAAGUAUCUGAAACAGAAAUGAGUGCUGUCCGCAUUCCCGAUGAACAGUAUUAUAAACUUUUGCAAUCCCUGAAUACAAAGCAGAGAGAAUUUUACAAUCAUGUGACAAACUGGAUUCAAAUCAGAGAUGAACCAUUAUAUGCUUUUCUUACUGGUGGAGCAGGUGCAGGAAAAUCGGUGGUUAUUGAUGCCAUUUUUCAAACAUUACACAGAAUAUUGUACUCAAAAGAAGGUGAAAACCCAGAUGAUAUUAGAAUAUUACUUUGUGCUCACACUGGAAAAGCUGCAUACAACAUCAAAGGGACUACUAUUGCUUCAGCAUUUCACAGAAAAAUGUAUCAAACUCAGCAGCACAUGAGUGCUGAUGAAUUGAACUCGUUUAGGACAAAGUACCGAAAUUUGUCAGUUGUGUUAAUAGAUGAAAUUUCAAUGGUAGGGAAUAAUAUGCUGACAUUCAUAAAUGAUAGACUUCAGCAACUUACUGGUAGAAAACAAGAUUUUGGCGGUAUAAGUAUCAUAGCUGUUGGUGAUUUGUAUCAGUUACCACCUGUUGGAGACAAGUGGAUUUUCAAAGACCUUUCUAAUCCAGGUCAGAGUUUAGCAAAAAAUUUGUGGCAUGAGCAUUUUCACAUGCAUGAAUUAACUGAAAUUAUGAGACAAAAGGAUGACCUCAGAUUUGCAGAAAUGUUGAAUAGACUUCGUGAAAACAAGAUGACAGAUGAAGACAAAGAACUCAUUACUCAACGUUUCAUCAGGCAAGACUCUGAAGUCUACCCUAAAGAGGCACCUCAUCUGUUUAUUGAGAACAAGUUUGUUGAUUCUUUUAAUAACAAUCUGAUAGAAAACCUUUCAACAAAUAAAGUAAAUGUAAGAGCAGACACAGACGUGUUAUCCCAGACAAAACUUUCUGCAUCAUUGAAAUUAAAACUACUUCAAAACUUGCCUGAAAACCCAGCAUCUACUGGACAAUUAAGAACUAAUUUGGUUAUUGCUGUAGAUAUGCUCUAUGACAUAUCUGUAAAUCUUGAUGUUACAGAUGGGUUGACAAAUGGUGCUUCAUGUGUUGUGAAAUACAUUGAAUAUCGACAAUCACUAUUAAGACCUGCCAUAGUAUGGGUUCUCUUUGCUGACUCAACUAUAGGUAUUUCAAGAAGACAUCAAUACAACCAUUUGUUCAGCACAGAUGUUAACACUACAUGGACUCCCAUAUUUGAAGCUAAAAGAACAUUUGUAUAUAACAGGAAGACCUUUGAGAGAGUUCAAUUUCCACUUCAACCAUCUGCAGGAAAAACAAUCCACAAAGCACAAGGAGCAACACUUUCAAAGGCAGUAAUCAGCUUAGCACAGACAAAGCAGCGCAAAAUUCCUCAUAUACAUUAUGUUGCCCUUUCAAGAGUAAGGUCACUUGAUGGUCUAUUCAUUCUGGAUUUCAAUGAAAAAAGUCUUUCUAAAGAUGAAAAUGUUGAUAAAGAGAUGGAAAGAUUGCGAGAAAAUAGAUUGCAGCUCUCAUACACACCACUUUAUUUGGUAUGUAAAGAUAUCAAAUUUUUGUUCAACAAUGCAAGAUCUCUUCACAAACACUUCUUAGAUAUAAAAUCAGAACCAAGUGUUUUAGCUGCAGAUGUUAUUGGUAUAGCUGAAUCUUGGCUUUGUGAAUUGGAUUCUGACAAAGACUUUAAUUUGGAGGGAUUUACAAUGUUCAGAAAUGAUGCAAAUUUUUCCCAGACCAGAUCACAUCAUGGCAUUGUCAUAUAUCUGAGGAAUCAAUUACAGUGUGUGACAUACAACUCUUAUUAUACUUCCAAAUCUGUUGAAUUUUCUGUUAUUUCCAUUAUGUCAUCAAAUACUCCAGUACAGUGUGUAGUUUUAUAUAGACAGCCUUCUUGUCCUCUUCAACUAUUUUACAAUACCUUGAAGAACAGGUUGCUUCCAUUUGUUGACAAAGAUCAAAAAAUUGUGAUGAUGGGAGAUUAUAAUUUCGAUUUAAAUACUGGUCAGUAUCAACAUUUCCUAAACUUUAUGAAAGAAAACUUUGGUUGUGAGCAAGUGAUAAGCACUGUAACCACAAAAAACAAGACACAGUUAGACUUGAUAUUUACCAACUUUACUGAUAUUCAAACAGAUGUUCUUCAGGCUUAUUGGUCUGACCAUAAUAUGAUUUAUUGUGCAGCAAAUAUGACUUAA